AAAAGUCCAAUACGGAGGGCUUCUUACACACUCCAAAACCUUCUUUACGCGACAUUCAUUCGACAGCCGCUUCUCUCACUCUCAAAUUUCUGCAUCCUCCAAAAGCGUUACGCUUCGGAUAUCUUCACUAUGACUUUUUCCCUCUCGCCUUUAUUACCCAACUAGUAGAAUUUUUAGUUCUAGAGAGAGAGAGUAGAGAGAGAAAUACAAAAUUCAAAGGUUGCUUCGAUCAAGAGGAUCAUCGUCUCGCACAAAAGAUUCUAUCUUUGAGCUUAAACUGAAGAAAUUUAUGGCUUUUUGCUCUGGCUUUGCGUCUAGGAAGGGUUUUGAUCGCUACGUUUAUCAUUCGUAAUCGAAGCUUUUGAAAGAGAGAGGAAAGAAAGAGGAGAGGGAAGGGCUGAGAAAAUUGGGUUUCGUGGGUAUGGCUUUUUUCUCGACGUUAUGUUGCGGGAAGGGUUUUGAGCGGAAAGGACAGGGGAAGAAGCAGCCAACGUGGAGGAUUUUUUCUUUGAAGGAAUUGCAUGCUGCUACAAACAAUUUUAAUUAUGACAACAAGCUCGGAGAAGGUGGAUUUGGCAGUGUUUAUUGGGGUCAGCUAUGGGAUGGAUCUCAAAUUGCAGUUAAAAGGUUGAAGGUUUGGAGCAACAAAGCAGAGAUGGAGUUUGCAGUUGAGGUUGAGAUACUGGCACGAGUGCGACACAAGAAUCUGCUAAGCUUACGUGGCUAUUGUGCAGAAGGGCAAGAGCGUCUAAUAGUGUAUGACUACAUGCCUAAUCUGAGUUUACUUUCUCAUCUUCAUGGGCAACACUCAGCUGAGUGCCUUCUUGAUUGGAAUCGACGAAUGAAUAUUGCAAUAGGAUCAGCUGAGGGAAUUGCCUAUCUACACCAUCAUGCAACCCCACAUAUAAUCCACAGAGACGUAAAAGCAAGCAAUGUGUUGCUAGAUUCGGAUUUCCAAGCUCGGGUUGCUGAUUUUGGAUUUGCAAAGCUAAUACCUGACGGUGCAACCCAUGUGACCACUAGAGUAAAGGGUACCCUAGGCUACCUUGCUCCAGAAUACGCAAUGUUAGGGAAGGCAUCAGAGAGCUGUGACGUCUUCAGCUUUGGCAUUCUCUUGCUAGAGCUUGCUAGUGGCAAAAAACCCCUUGAAAAGCUCAGCUCAACAAUGAAGCGCACGAUCACCGAUUGGGCUCUGCCAUUAGCAUGUGAGAGGAAAUUCAGUGAACUGGCAGACCCGCGACUGAACGGGAAGUACGUAGAGGAAGAGUUGAAAAGGGUUGUCUUCGUUGCGCUUAUCUGUGCCCAAAGUCAGCCUGAGAAGAGACCAACCAUGCUUGAGGUGGUGGAGCUUUUGAAGGGAGAGUCGAAAGAGAAGUUUGCUGUUAUGGAAAAUGAUGAAUUUUUCAAGAGUCGGCCUGCGGAUUAUAAUGAUGGGUCUGGUGCGGAUGAAGGGGUAGACUUCAUCUCAGAGGAAAGAGAACCAAAACAAGAAUUGACGGAGUGGGAGGGUGAAGCCGGAAAGUGACAUGUGGCAGCUGAAUUAUAGGUUUGUGAUUUUAGUGCAUAUAUAGAAUGUUAAUUGAAGUUGUUGGGGCAUUUUUUUUUUUCCCAUUGUGCAAGGUUUUGGCAAGAAUUGAAAGCAUUGUUUGUGUGUUGCUGUGGGAUUUGUGUGUGGAUGUUUCGUCUGUAAUUUUUUUUUGGUACCCUUUCAUCUUUUUUCAGUAUAUGAAUGACAUCAAAACUGUUUGUAGUGUUUGUCAAAUGAUUUUCAGAUUGCUUUGAUUUCUUUGA